CCUCUCUCCGUCCUUCCGCCUCGCCUCCUCUUUCUGCUUGUCUUGGGAGGCCUCUGGGGCGGAACCUGCAGCGUCUGAACUCUUCAGGAAGGAUGAAAGCAGCUGAACCUGCCAACCUAGCAAGGAUGGAAGGAGGAAGAUGGGCAGAUGACCUGGUCGGACUGUCUCCUGCAUCCCUCCCCAAAACCUCUGGGCAUUUUCUCCCAGGGGCCUCAGAGACAUCUGCUGAUGGAAACAAUAGUCAGAAUUCACCUGGAAUUUCACUGAAGAAAUCAUUUAAAUGUAUGGAGUGUGGAAAAAUAUUUGCUAAUUCUAGAAGCCAUAGAACACAUCAACGGAUUCACACAGGAGAAAAACCAUUUAAAUGUACGGAGUGUGGAAAAACAUUUGCUAACUCUAGAAGCCAUAGAACACAUCAACGGAUUCACACAGGAGAAAAACCAUUUAAAUGUAUGGAGUGUGGAAAAACAUUUACUAAUUCUGGAAGCCGUAGAACACAUCAACGGAUUCACACAGGAGAAAAACCAUUUAAAUGUAUGGAGUGCGGAAAGAGCUUCAGUCAGAGUGGAAACUUUGCAAAACACCAACUCACUCACACAGGGGAGAAACCUUUUAAAUGUUUGGAGUGCGGAAAGUGCUUCAUUGAUCGUGCAUUCUUUAGUUCACAUCAAAGAAUUCACACAGGGGAGAAGCCAUUCAAAUGUAUGGAGUGUGGAAAAUGUUUUAGGUGGAAGUAUUACCUUACUACACACCAGCGAACUCACUCGGGGGAGAAGCUAUUUGAAUGUAUGGAGUGUGGAAAGUGUUUCAGGUUGAAGCAAUACCUUACUACACACCAGCGAAUUCACACAGGGGAGAAACCCUUUAAAUGUAUGGAGUGUGGAAAGACUUUCAGUGAUAGUGGAACCCAUGCAAAACACAAACGAACUCACACAGGGGAUAAGCUAUUUGAAUGUAUGGAGUGUGGAAAAUGUUUCAGGUGGAAGCAACGCCUUACUUUACACCAGCGAACUCACACAGGGGAGAAACCAUAUGGAUGCAUGGAGUGUGGAAAAUGUUUCAGGUGGAAGCAAGACCUUACUACACACCAGCGAAUUCACACAGGGGAGAAGCCAUUUAAAUGCAUGGAGUGUGGGAAGACUUUCGCAGAUAGUGGAUCUUAUGCAAAACAUCUACGAAUUCACACAGGGGAGAAGCCAUUUAAGUGUAUGGAGUGUGGAAAGACUUCCUCAGAUAGUGUAUCCCAUACACAACAUGUACGAAUUCACACAGGAGAAAAACCAUUUAAAUGUAAUGAGUGUGGAAGGUGCUUCAAUCAAGGUGGAAACCUUAAAAAACACCUACAAAUUCACACAAGGGAUAAACCAUUUAAAUGUAUGGAGUGCGGGAAGACUUCCACAGAUAAAGGAUCCCACAUAAAACAUCUACGAAUUCACAGAGGAGAAAAACCAUUUACAUGUACGGAGUGCGGAAACUGCUUCAGUCACAGUGGAAACCUUAAAAACCAUCUACGAAUUCACACAGGGGAGAAAUCAUUUAAAUGUAUGGAGUGUGGGAAGAUCUUCAGUCAAAGAGGAAGACUUAGAAAACAUCAACAAACUCACACAGGAUGAAAAAGCACUUAAACGUGUCCAGUGUAGAAAGUGGUUCAGCUAGUAGCCACACCUCUGCCAUUGCUUUUUCCGCUGCCACCACCCCGUAUCUUACGGGGACACACGGAGUCCAGUCAGUUGUUAACAUAAACAAAUAUUCAAGUUUAUUUUUAAAUGCAGGAACAAGCUUAUGCUUUCAGUUAUUUUUUCUCUUGUCAGUUUCUUAUUCUUAGUUUCUACCAACUCCAAACUGAUUAUUCCAACUAUCUAUCUGACUCCACCUCACAAUUCCUCUCACUCUCUCACAAUACAACUCUACCAACCCACACCUAAUCCUCCCUCUUCCUUCUUCAGCUCCCAAACCUCAACCCAACUGAACUCAACUCUCAACUCCCAAACCUCAACUGACUUUCAAAACCUCCCACUCUAACUUUUACCCCCCCUUGCAUUCUCACUGGCCAAUCACAUCAUACCCAUUUUAACCCUUUCCUUUUGACCUACCUAGGAGGCAAGCGCCACGGGGGUGUCCCCAUGAGAGCACCUAUCCUCAAGCAAGGCUGUAUUUCAACCAAGCCCCCAAAUCUGGCGCUUCUGUGCAGGAUCGGGAUCCUCUCGACACUUGGUCUGGUUUUUCCUUGGGAGGAAUUCCAAUCAGGAUUCAGGCCUCGUCAUGGGACAGAAACUGCCGUGGUCGCGCUGGUCGAUGAUCUCCAGCGGGCUAGGGACAAAGGUGAGAGCUGUUUCCUAGUUCUGCUGGAUCUCUCACGGUCCUUUUAUACCUCAGACUCCCAUAACCUUUAUUUGGCUUUUUUCCAGAAGAGGGAAAAUUCUUCGCAUGCAUCCCAACCCCAAAGAAAUGAAACCAUUGAAAAUUCAGUUUCUCACAGUUUAUUAUUAAGGAGUGAUUUCUUUCCUUAUUUAUGUGGAAAAACAAGAAAUGCAUUACAAUGCUAGUUUUAAGGAACAACAUUCACGUCACAGAUCUUUUUUCAUUUUCCUUUCUCCUCUUGUAAUGAGGCUGCAUUUUAAUAUUUUAAUGUUUCAGUAUUUUAAUGUUGUAUUUUAAUUCUUGUUUUUAAGUUGUAUUCGUUCAACUUGUUUUUAUUAUUGCUUGUUAGCCGCCCUGAGCCCAGCCUUGGCUGGGGAGGGUGGGGUAUAAUUAUUAUUAUUAUUAUUAUUAUUAUUAUUGUCUGUUGAAUUUAUUGCUAGUACAAAUGGUCAUCAGGACGGGGUGGUGGUGGUGCUAAUCUAACCUCCAAUCACAGGUAAAGAUGACAGGAACUCAGGCAAAUGUACUCAGAUCAGGCCUCAACGUAUCAUUUGGUGAAUAAUGAUGCAGCCCAGUAGCUUAGCAUCGGAGGCCAAGAUAGAAAAGACUUGCACAGUUACCAUGUACUUCCCCUUGGUGCUCAGGUAGGUGGGAACAAAGGACACCCAAACACCGCAGAAGACCAGCAUGCUGAAGGUGAUCAGCUUGGCGUCAUUGAUGGGCACAGACUAGGAAAGGGCGCUGGCUAGGAAAACCACUGUUUAAUCAGAUGGCUGCCAGGAAGCCCAUGUAACCAAGAGCACAAUAAAACAUGGCAACAGACCCUUCAUUGCACUGCAGGGUGAUUAGUCCAGGCAAGGUUUUUUGUCGUCGAAAUACACUCCAGACAUCUGAUCUGCCUGGAGACCAAGAGAUGUGAUGGUAAACUGUUCUGCCUCCUUUCUUUUAGCAAAUGUUUUGUGCCACUGGGGAAGUGGUAAUUCUGUAUUGAUUUGUUUUGGAUGUUGUAUGUGAUGCCAAUAAAAGGUUUGAUGAUGAUGAUGAUAUCAGACUCUGGGAAUGAGGAAGAAAUUGCCUGCCAUAUGGUGCAGAUGACAACUUGGACACUGGAACAGGAAAUGACCAUGGAGUUGGCCAGACUCAUAGCUCUCUGGUGUAUAAACUACAGUAUCCGGGUUUAUUUGAGGGAAGCCGUGACUCUUAGAGAGAUUUAGAUGUGCUUGCAAUGUAUUCAGUGGAUAGUAUAUUUUUCUCCUGCUAUAGCCUUCUCAAGCAAUGGGGGAGCAUUGGGUAAGCAUCACAGGACAAAGUAAUGCAGAAUGCACCUUCCCCCUAAUGCUAUGUCAAGAACAUGUUGCAGAAUAGACCCUCAAUAAAACACCAGUCUGAUGGUGUUCAUUAAAUGAA